AUGGCUCAAAUAGGGAAAGGGAGGGGUAAAGGGAAGGGUAAAGCAAAACCUAAGACGUCUGCUGCCAGCCAAAGGAUUGCAGCACAGAAGAAGACUGAGGUCGGGCCCAGUGGAAAGACCUACACGCCAUUGGAGCUACAGGUGCUCGGGCUGAAGAAGAAACACCCUGGAACUCUGCUUAUGUUCGAGGUUGGCUAUAAAGACUAUUUCUAUGGCGAAGAUGCUCAGGUAGCUGCAAAGCAUCUGGGGAUUGUCUGCUACCCAAGUCGCAACUUUUUACGUGCGAGCAUACCCGUACAUAGAAGAGAAGUCCAUCUAAAGAAGCUUCUUGCACGCGGCCUUAAAGUCGGCAUUAUUGAGCAAACCGAGACCGCCGCGCUCAAGAAGGCGGGCGACACACGCAACGAAGUCUUCGAGCGCAAGUUAACGCACCUAUAUACUGCGGCAACAUAUGUGGACUCUCUGGACUCUCCAGAUACACUGUCCUUUGGCGGGCGCGUACCACCGCUGCUGUGUAUUGUUGAGAGCCCGGUGGAUAAAGAUGGGGAGAAGGUAAAUGUCAGCAUAGUAAGCGUGUGCGCGAGCACAGGUGAUGUUGUAUGGGAUCAGUUUGAAGACAAUGGGAUGCGCACUGAGCUCGAGACCAGGCUCGUGCACCUCUCCCCUGCGGAGCUUCUCCUGCCCGAAGAAGCUUUGACUAGGCCAACGCAGAAGAUUCUAUCACAUUUUGCUACACAUGGUCACAAUGAAUUCACCGCUCGCAUUGAGCAUUUCGCUUCUACUAUGAGCUCUUCCGAUGCGUUCACCUUCGUCGCCGGGUUCUACGCGGACAAGAAUCGUAGGGAGAACGCGAAAGCGAGUGACGGGUUCAGGUCUGGUGAGCUCACGGCCGCAGUCACGAUAUUUCCGAAGGGAGUUGUUGUAGCCCUGGCACAUCUCGUCAAGUACCUGAGCGGUUUUGAUGUGGCUGAUGCCUUACUCGAGACGCGAUUCUUUGCGCGCUUCGCAGAGCGGACGCACAUGUUGCUCAAUGGGAAUACGCUUACGAAUCUGCAAAUUUAUCGAAACGAGACCGACUUUGCAAAGCGAGGAUCGCUCCUCUGGGUGCUUGAUCAUACCACAACCAAGUUCGGUGCGCGGAUGCUCCGCGAGUGGGUCGGCCGACCGCUAACAGACCGAGCCGCACUCGUAGCCCGUAUAGACGCGGUUGAAGAGAUCCUCUCGACUCUGUCACCUCGUCUGACUGUCCUCCGCCAGCUCCUGCACGGCCUCCCCGACCUUGCACGCGGGCUAUCUCGCAUACAAUAUGGCAAGUGCACGCCGCAAGAGCUUGCCAUACUUUUACCUGCGUUUCAACGCGUCGGAACUGCGCUUGACAGGAUACCGGCCAGCACAUCGCCUUUCGACUCAGCUAUCCUCAAUGGUGUAGUCGAUGCUCUGCCCAGGGUAAAGGCACCGGUACAGGGCGUUCUGACAAGAGUGGAUUUGGCGAAGCUCAAGGAGGGCCAAAAGGAGAAGAUGUGGAAGGACGUGGAGAGCAGUGCACCAGAGGUGGAUAGAAUGAACAAAACAAUUGCAUCGACCCGCCUUGCAAUACACCACAGCAGCCGGCGAGGAGGUAUACCUUCACUCGUGUUCGCUUUCCCGAACGUAUCUAACCAUACACACCAGUAUCUCAUAGAAAUCAAGAAGGCAGAGUUUCGCGACCUCCCGGCUGACUGGCUCGUCAUCUCAGCGACAAAGACUCUUCGCCGUCUCCGCACGCCAAUAAUGGCUGACCUUCUGCGACGCCGCGCACAAGCGCUCGAGGCACUUGCGCUGGCUGCCAACGCCGCCUACCGAGGCCUGCUUGCCGAGAUCGCGGAGGAACAUUAUGCCGUGCUGCGCGACGCAGUGCAGCGGCUAGCUGUGUUCGACUGCCUCUGUAGUCUCGCAGUCGUCGGUGUGCAGGAAGGGUAUGUCCGUCCCGAGUUCGUUGAAGGCGAUAAUAUACUCGUGGUCGAGGAUGGCCGACAUCCAAUGAUCGAGAAGCUCCGCGAUGACCCGUUCGUACCGAAUAGCGUCGAUAUGGGCCGACGGCACAAAGUUAUCACAGGCCCAAACAUGGGCGGAAAGAGUAGCGUCGUGCGGAUGGUAGCUCUCUGUGCAAUCAUGGCGCAGAUCGGGAGUUAUGUGCCUGUGACAAGUAUGCGGCUGAGCGCGCUUGAUGGUAUUUUUAUACGGAUGGGAGCUUCCGAUGAUAUUGUUCGCGGACGAAGCACGUUCAUGGUCGAGUUACAAGAGACGAGUUCGAUCCUUCAGCUCGUAACACCUCGCAGUUUAGUCGUUCUCGAUGAGCUCGGACGCGGGACAAGCACAUUUGACGGCAUGGCCAUCGCCCAUGCCGUUUUGGAGCACCUGGUCACCGUCAAAGGAUGCAAGACUCUGUUCAUUACACAUUACCCUACUGUCGCGCGUGAUCUCGAACACAGAUUCCCGCAAGACGUGCAGAACAUGCAUAUGGCUUACACCGAAGACACGCGACUCGACGGCACGCGCCAGGUGACGUUCUUGUACAAGCUCUCGGACGGGCUCACGCAGAACAGCUUCGGCGUCGAGUGCGCGAGGCUCGCCGGUCUAGACGAGCAGAUCCUGCGGUGUGCGGCGCUGAAGAGGGACAAGAUGGAAAAUGAUGUGCGAGGGAAAGGCAGAAAGAAUGCGUAA